GUCGUAGAGGAAUCAAUUUCAAUCGAUCCUUCGUCAUUCUUCCUCCUGCGGGCGCACAUCAGGUUUCUUUUUGGCCAUCUCAGUCUUCAUUCAGGGGGUACUUUAGAAUUGCUCCAGAUGGGUAUGAAUAUAUCAGACUUGAAUACUUUCAAGGAUAGGAGCAAACCCAAGGUCUUACCGGUUGAGCUAUCCUUGAGGGUCAUGCAUAACGGUGUUACUUGCACUCUUCAAGAUUGAGGUGAUGUUAGUAUCAUGGUGCCAUCAGGAGAUGCUUGAGGGUAGAAUUGGUAACUAGUGUGAAGUGUAGAGUUUUUCGGGGAAUGCUUGCUUGCAAUCUGAAUUCAUCAUCAAGUUUAUCGACCAUAUUGUUCUUACAACAUCUGUUAUAUCUGGAGAAAGAAGAAAAUUCCGAGUGCUUGGUUGCGGUAAUUUAAACAAUGGCGAAGCAUCAUCCUGAUCUGAUAAUGUGCCGAAAGCAGCCAGGAAUUGCGAUCGGAAGGCUUUGUGAAAAAUGUGACGGAAAGUGUGUUAUCUGCGACUCUUAUGUGCGGCCAUGUACGCUUGUACGGGUCUGCGAUGAAUGCAACUAUGGCUCCUUCCAGGGUCGGUGUGUUAUAUGUGGAGGUGUCGGUAUUUCCGAUGCCUAUUAUUGCAAAGAGUGCACACAGCAGGAGAAAGAUCGAGAUGGAUGCCCGAAAAUUGUGAACUUAGGAAGCGCGAAAACAGAUCUGUUUUACGAACGCAAAAAAUACGGGUUUAAGAAAAGAUGAUGGAAUUUGUGUUGAUUCUACUACAUACCUUAAACAACUAUGAGUAGGAAGUUGUGUAUUUGUGUUUUGUUGAUUAUUUAGGGUCAUACUUGUUGGUUUUAUUACUUGUUACUAUCAAUAUAUUGUAACGGCAUAAUGAAACUAGACGAUCGCUUAUAUCCUAUCUGGAGGUGGGCUGUAUGUAAAUCUGACCUUUAUUUUAGGUUAAAUAAAAUGAUUAUGAUUGUUUCUGUG